UGCUGCUGCUGUUGUUUGUUUGAUAUCAAAGUGCUCGAUACAAUCAGUUUUAAUACAUUUGGAUUCAGUGCAAAUUUGACAAACCUCGCUAAAGGACGUGCUUUACGAAACUUGGUCUCCACUAAAUAAAACACAUGCAUGCCGGGCCACAAAUAAUUGAAUUGAAUAAAAAUAUAUAAAAAAAAAGAAAAAGAUUGAACGCAUGCCGCAGUUUUGUUUUUUGUUGUCAUUGAGUAGAAGCAGAAAAAGACGAGAAAAUAAUAUAAGAUUCUUUGCCUCAAUCUCUGUGUACGAGCAGAAAUAUACAUUUUUAUACAGCCACCAAUAACCAAAAGGAAUUGAGCAGCAGCAUCAUUAGAAUCAUUCGAAUCAUCUGUAUGCGAGACGCGUAAGAUUGUUAUUUUUAGAUGCGAUCGCUCGUCAACAAAAAAAAAAUCUUAAAUCUUUGAGAAGAUGAAAUUAUCAACAACAAAAACUACAAUACAAAAAUAACAAUUGAAAUAUAAAUGUGAUAAAACAGCAACAAAAAAAGCAUUUUUGUUUUUGGAAAUGAAAACAAAAAAUUUAUGUAUGUGAAUAUUUGAAACUAAAGAAUACAAUCAUGCUGAUGAUUCGAUGAUGUUGAGUAUGAUGCGGAAAAAGUAAUGCACUCAAUUUUAUGUAUUCAAAAAAAAAAAAAUAUAAAAUAAAACAAGAAGCAAAAAACAACAAAAUAAUUAAUAAUAAACCUUGUAUAGUUGAGAUUUAAAUAAAUUUAUCUCUCAGUAAAAACCCAAAAAAAAAAAAAUAAAAUAAGAAAAUUCGUUUAAUGUGUCAUGUUAAAAGUGAAACAUCAAAUUUAUAAAAUUCUCAAAUAAGACAAAUUUAACAAAAUAAAAAAUUAAUAGUCAUAUCAAAAAAAAAUAGUAUCACUACUACUGCAUUUAUCAGCCAAUCGCAUAAGAAAGCAAAACUCAGUUUAUGAGCUAAAUUAAAUGAAUAAAAAAUAUUGUAGUUUUGGUGCCAAAGAUAAAUGCGACAAAUUACCUGUAAAGUGUGAAAUGUUUACAAGUUUCGUUUUAAAAUAUCCAGAUUGUUUAUCUAAUUCAAAGUAAAAUCUAAGCCAAAUUUGGUUUUAUUACACGACAAUAAUUUAUUUAGUAAAAAAUUACUUGAUAUCAACCACGUUUUCAACAAAUCUCAUUGGCAGGAUACACAUCACGUUUUCCGGUUCAUGAAAACUUAAGAGAGAACCCGAGAAUUGAAUUCAAUUUAAUGGCAAAUAUGGAUAGUGAAAAGUAUUCAUUGCGUCAGAGACAGAAACGUAAGCACAUCUUGACGAAUAGCAGCUUGGAUUCCCAGGGCUAUGCCAGUGAUAAUUCCAUAGAGUCGCUUAGCAACUCUAGAGAUAGUCCUCAGUAUUGCCGUACAAGCAAGAAUUCCCAAGCGACGAGUAGUGCAGCAAGUAAUGGCAAGGCCAAAACAAAAGCGGCGCCUUUGAGUAAAUAUCGGCGAAAAACGGCUAAUGCUAGAGAGAGAACGCGCAUGCGUGAAAUCAAUACGGCCUUUGAGACGUUGCGCACAUGUGUGCCACCCUGUAUAACAAGCGAAGAUUCCAGCAGUACUAAUGAAAAACUAACCAAGAUUACCACUUUACGUUUGGCCAUGAAAUACAUAGGCAUCUUAACCGAUGCUUUAGGAAAUCCCAAUGAGGCUGAUUAUGAUUUCCUCCACGAAUGUACUCAACCCAGAAUCAUAGAACCUGUAAUAACCGAAGAGAAUUUUGAACCUUUAGUUAAGGAAACAAAAGAAAAACCAACGAAAUCCGCCAAAAGUAAUAAAACUACUAAAACUACAAAAUCUGCUAUCAACAACUCACGCAAGUCUUUCGCCUCCAACACGAAAAGACCGGCUAAAAAACAAAAAUUAGUUAAUACCGAAAAUUUAUGUCAAACGUCACCCAUUCCUACCAGCUAUCAAGAAUCUCCAGCAUCAAAUGCUUCUUCGGCCUAUGCCUCGCUCUCCUCCGCCUCCGAAUCUUCAGCCUCGCCCAUUUCGAAUUCUUCGUAUAUGUUUGAUCAAAACAUAGUCAAUCACAACUUUACUUACACCCAUCCUCAUCAUCACAAUUCCAUGUCGGAUUUGAGUAAUUUAAUGCUAGAAUCCGAUGGAGAAUCUCUUAAUCUUUCCGAACGCUGCCUUAGCCCUUUGCAGACGACGAAAAAAGCCAGCAAUUCCCGCAACGAACCCUACGAAUGCUCACCCACAGAUAUGCAGACUUUGGAAAAUCCUUUAGAAUUGAGUUUGCGUUUAAUGGAACCGACUGCCGAUUCUUUAAGUCUGUCCGUAGAUCCCAUAAUACCACCUUCCUCCUGCAUCAGUCCUCUUAUGAAUCUGGAGCCCUUUAAUGCUUUCGAUUUAUUCCACACGGAGUUUAACGAACAGUCCGCUUUGGAUUUGUUUCUAACGUGA